AUGCGCUGUUUAAAUAAUGCCGUUAAUAGUAUUUCAUCCACACUUUAUCGUUAUACGCAAUCGAGUGAGAUACGCAGUGGUUUAAGUCCAAGUCAUCAUCGUAUCAAGGAUUUACGUAAUAUGGAUGCUUUAAUUGCUCGUAGUCCAAGCGCGGAGUUUCAAUUUCGAGUGCCAAAGGAUCCAUUUUUAUCACCUUAUUGGGCUAGUGAUGAAUGGCUGUCAAAAAUGCCACAAACUAAGAUUUUGACUUUGGACAUGGAUCCAUGUUUAGAUGAUUGUGUGAUGUUUGCGCGAAAACUGAAAAAUUUAAAUCGUCCAGUUACUUUAGAAAUUCUUAAAGGCUUGCCGCAUGGAUUCCUCAAUUUUACAAUGUUCUCCAAUGAAGCGAUGGAAGGCUCUAAACAUUGUAUCAAUUGCUUGAAAGAACUGCUUAAACUACCUGAUUGAAGAAUAUCAACCAGUACAACAACAAAAUUAUAAAUUGACAAGUUUAAUAUAUUCGAAUAAAUAAAACGUUUAUAUACACA